AUGGAUCCCCAGGGCGGCGCUCCCGGGCUGCAGCGCCGGUACUCGGAGGCCACGCUGGCCAGCGACUACAGCCGCACCAUGGACCACGUGCUGGGCAAGAACUUCGUGGAGUGGCUGCUGGCCCGGCGCGAGAGGAAAAGCCAGGAUGUCGCGGAGCCGCUCAGGAGAGAGGCCGAGCCCCAAAAAACGCCGCAGAAAUUGGAUUUGGGAGCUCCGGGAGCCACAGAAUUCCUGGCGUGGCUCUGGAAAAACGAGGAAAACCAGAGUUUUCCAGCUCUGGAAGGUUCCGAGGGCUUGAGGGAAUUCUUGGAGCAGGAAUUCCUGACGUGGCUGAUGUCGGGAGAGCUCUGCAGGGCCACGACCGCCAAGGAGCCCGCCCUUUCCCGCCCACCGCCGGAUUGA